AUGAGGCUAACGUCGCCUUUAUCGACGAAUCAUUCUGAUGCAAUCAGCAAGCUGAGAAAAUUUCGCACCAAACUAGGCAAUGGUAUGUGUGAAAUCCUCCCCAAUCUUUUUCUUGGAAGUCUUCGUGAUGCAACUGAUUUGGAACUCCUUGAAAAGUGCGGAAUUCGCCAUUUGGUGUCGAUCCACGAAUUGACCAUCUCUCAUACUGGACAUGCGAACUUAGGAAUUGAUAUAUUACAAAUCGCACUAGCUGAUUGUGCCUCGUCGAAGAUUGCCAAUCAUUUUGCAACGACUAACAGCUUUAUUCACCGAAGCCGUUUAAAUAAAGAGCCAGUGCUGGUCCACUGCUUGGCCGGCGUAUCUCGAAGUGCGACAAUUGUUCUCGCUUAUCUCUGUACUAUAGCCGAAAUUUCUUACUUCAACGCUCUCUCUCAUUUGACCUCAUGUCGUCCCAUUGUGAAUCCAAAUUACGGUUUUCGUAUGCAACUAUGUAAAUACAUCGAAAAGGACGUAACAAAGGAACGACUUCGUUUACGAUGUGAAUUUAGUGAUCAUCCUUUUGAUAAUCUCUGGGAACUCGACCAAGCUGUACUUGGCCAUAAAAUUGAUCUCUCAAUUUCUCGAUCCUCUCCUUCAUCUUCCGUUACGACGAUCUAUGGAAAAAGCAAAAAGAAAAUUGUU